AUGGGUCUAUACAUCCCCACCAACAAGCUCGAGAAUUUGAAGCUUUACAAGUAUUCCUCCGAGGACCACUCGCUCAUCUCUCGUUACAUCUUGAAGAGAUGGUGGAAUUACUUUGUUAAGAUCUUCCCAUUGGACAUGGCUCCCAAUGUGAUUACAUUACUUGGCUUGUUUUUCAUCAUUGCCAAUCUCCUCUGUGUGUUCUACUACGAUCCAUGGUUGGACUCUCCUUCGCCCCGUUGGUGUUAUUUCUUUUAUGCUUUUGGUUUCUUCAUGUACCAAACUUUUGAUGGGUGUGAUGGCUGCCACGCCAGAAGAACCCAGCAGAGCGGCCCAUUGGGCGAGUUGUUUGACCAUUCCAUUGAUGCCAUCAACACAACCUUGGGCACGAUUGUUGUUGCAUCCACUUUCCAACUGGGUUAUGGAUGGAUGCUCUUACUAGGUAUCUUUGCUUCCACAUGCAAUUUCUACACUUCAACCUGGGAGGAGUACCAUACUCAUACUUUAUACUUAUCGCAGUUCAGUGGACCUGUGGAGGGAAUCUUGAUCAUCUGCUUGGUUUUCAUCGUAACUGGCUUGUUUGGUCCAGACAUCUGGCAAUGGACCUUAUUUGACUUGGACUUAACGUCCUUGGGCCACGGCUUUGGUGUGGUAAGCAUCUCUACCGGUAACGCAAGUACCCUUGCGGGUGUGGCACAGUUGUAUUUCAAUGUGGCCUCGGCCGUGGGCAAUGUGGCCAAGAAGUACAAGUCUGAUAAGAAAUUGCUGUCUCUUGCCGUGAAGACCGAGAUCCGGGACGCCAAGAAGGGUUUGAUUCCAUUUUUUGCUUACUUUGCUUCUGUCUUUGCCUUUGUUCUCAUCUACCCUCAAGCCUUGUACAAGUAUGCCUUUCCACUUGUUAUCUCCGUGGGUAUGACCAUUGCCUUCUGCGUGGGCAGAAUCAUUUUGGCUCAUUUGACGUUGCAGGAAUUCCCAUUCGUACAGCCUCCAGCAUUCUUGCCAUUGCUCCAGAUUACCCUUGCCAAGUUCUUGAUUACUCUUUAUGGCUAUGACGAGGCCUCAACUCUUUGCGGAAUCUUGUGGACUGGAGCAGGUUUGACCAUUGGCAUCCACGCUUCAUUUGUGGUUGAUAUCAUCUCGGAUAUCACCCAGUUUUUGGAUAUCUACGCCUUGUCCAUCAAGCAUAAGAAGGUUUAA